GGGAUAUGCACUGGAAAUCCUGGCUUGGAAAAAGAAAAGACUGGAGAAUUUUGAAAAACACACUAUGAGGAUCAUAAUUUUUCUCCUCACACUGAGCAUUUUCUCAUGUUCAGGGUUUCCAGCGUAUGACUAUGAUCUCCCUAUCACAGAAGAGGCUCUCAAUGCUUCCAUUGCACGGAUCAAUUCCCAGUCAUGGAGCAGAAACCUGUAUGGUGUUGUCAGGAGUCAAGUCAUGGGAGUGGACAUGUGGGACACCGAUGCUUAUGCGUUAGAUCUGCAGUUCAGCAUCCGUGAGACCGUGUGCACCAAAGCUUCGGGGAGAGACCCCUUCACCUGUGACUUCAAAACUGGACCUUUCGUGCCCACUGCUUCCUGCAGGAGUGUUGUGGAAGUCUCCAGGGAGCUGAUUGCCAACAUCACCGUGCGGUGCCAUCGAGGAACAUUCAGCUCUGAAUCGAUGAGCAGCGAGGAGGUGAUGCAUGUGCCCAUAAUGACCCCCAACAGACGAGGCAGCGCUCGCAGGGAAGCCUUCCCUUCAAGGGGAAGAGGCAGCGGCCGUGGAGACUGGAACAAACCCAGCUACUUUGGCCCUGACAAGAUGGAAUAACCUGUUUUGGUAGAUUGGAGAAUGAGAAGAGUCAAGAUUCAAGGAUCCAUCAUGGGAAGAAUGAACCUGAUGCCUUGGCCUUUCCUUUUUGGUGAAAAAACUGUUCUUCCGUGGAAUGAGAGUCUUUCCCCAAACUCACUUUCUGCUCUGAGGGCAAUUGGAAGAGCUCGUGAGAUGCUAAAUACACUCUCAUCCCUCGAUAGCCCUUCUGAUGU